GUUGCAACGGUAACAAAACAUCCAUUCUGAAAAAUUGAAGUUUCUGCUCACACACGGUUGAAGAUGAACCUCUUCUUCUCAAAGUAUCAAUCGAUUUCUACAACGAAGAACUGCAAAUUUUUAUUGGUUUCAUGAACCCGUUUCUGAAUCACAAUAAGCAAUGGGAGUUGGAGGCAAUUUCUGGGAUUUACUGAAACCUCAUGCUCGAACUGAGGGCUUCGAUUUCCUUAGGAACAAACGGGUCGCCGUCGACCUCUCUUUCUGGAUCGUCCAGCACGAGACCGCCAUUAAAGCCAGUGUUCGAAGCCCUCAUUUGAGGCUCACAUUCUUCCGCACCAUCACUCUCUUUGCUAAGUUUGGUGCGUUUCCUGUGUUUGUAAUUGAUGGAACUCCUUCACCCUUGAAAUCCAAGGCAAGGAUAGCAAGAUUUUUUCGGCUAUCUGGUAUUGAUACUCAUGAUCUGCCAAGGGUUGAAGAUCGCAUUUCAGUUGACAGGAAUAGCAAGUUUGCAAAAUGUGUUAAAGAAUGUGUGGAACUGCUCGAGCUAUUUGGGGUGCCCGUCUUAGAAGCGAAAGGAGAAGCCGAAGCUCUGUGUGCCGAGUUGAAUAGAAAAGGAUUUGUGGAUGCCUGCAUCACAGCUGACAGUGAUGCUUUUCUGUUUGGCGCCAAAUGUGUCAUUAAAAGCUUCCAUCCCAAUUCAAAAGAACCACUUGAAUGCUACUUCAUGUCAGAUAUUGAAGCUGCUCUUGGGUUAAAAAGGAAACACUUGAUAGCUAUAUCUCUCCUGGUUGGAAAUGACCACGACUUAAAUGGCGUGCAAGGAGUUGGACUGGAUACCGCUGUUCGUUUCGUACAAGAUUAUACUGAUGAUGACAUUUUAAACAAAUUGCAUGAAAUAGGAAAGGAGGAUAAUACGAGUCUUCAGGGUGGACAAUCUUCGGAUACGAACUCGAGAAAGGUUAAGUGUUCUCAUUGUUCCUUCUGUGGUCAUCCAGGCAGCAAAAGAGACCAUGUUAAGUUCCCUUGUGAAUACUGUGAUGUGAGUCAUGGAAGUUGUUGCAUCAAAAAACCUGAUGGAUUUAAAUGCAAUUGUUCCUCUUGUGAUACGGAUCGAGAAGAGAAAGAGAAAAAGAAGCAAGAAAAUUGGCGACUACGAGUUUGCAACAAGAUUGCUAUGGAGCCCAACUUUCCCAGUAGUGAACUUAUUCAAAUGUAUCUGUGUGACAAUCAUAGUUAUUUUAGUGAUGAUGACCUUAUCUUAUCUUGGGAAAGCCCGAAAACUGAAAUUCUGAUUGAUUUUUUAGUUUUUCAUUUACGGUGGGAGCCAUCUUACAUUCGUCAGAGGUUGCUUCCCAUGCUAUCCACCAUUUUUCUCAGAGAAAUGGCUAAUAAUCCAAUUCAAACUUUGUUAUACGACCAGUACGAGUUCGAUUCUAUACUUAGAGAAAAAAUAAGAUAUGGACAUCCAUUUUAUGUCGUCAAAUGGAAAAGGGCCAUCCCAGUGCUCGACAAUGUUGUAUACGAAGGCUCUUCAGAGGGACACGGCACCGGGCCAGAGGAUGCCAUUGAUGUCGAUGAACCAGUGGAUCUAACAGAUGAAUCUGAUUCACCCAAAAUUCAUAUUCAAGAAGGGUGCUCGUUUCUAUUGACCGAUGAGAAUAUGGACCUUGUUCGAGCUGCUUAUCCCGAACAAACUGCUAAGUUUUUGCAGGAAAAGGAAGUGAAAAGGCAAAAGACACCAACCACGACGCCACCUAGCGAGGCUAGCGGAAAGUCUGAUUCAUUGAAAGCGAAAGGUGCCCAGUUAAGUAUUACUGAGUUCUACCGUGCAACGAAAACGCAACAACAAACAGCAGAGACAACAGAUUUGACGAAUGAGGGCGAGGAGACGAGUACGGAGAAGAGGAAAGCAUCAAGUUCUUCUUCGACACUUUCGAAGUCGGUAAGGCGUCGCCUUUUGUUCGACUAGAACUCAGUUAAGUAUAGAGCUCUACCGUGCAGCGAAAACACAACAACAAACAGCAGAGGCAUCAUAUUUGACAAAUGAGGACGAGGAGACGAGCACGGACACGAGGAAAAAGCAUAUCAAGCUCUUCCACACUUUCGUGGUCGGUAAGGCGUCGACUUUUGUUUGAGUAGAACUGUUUGAAAUGUUGUGCUUCCUGUGUGUUGAUGAAGUGCAAAUGCUACAGUUUAAAAUGUGUAUAGUUCCUUCAUUGGUGCUUGAAAUGCUGUAAUUAGUCCCUAUAAUUGGAUUAAAUAUUUCCUAAUGUUAUUGACAUUACUAUUAA